UCAUGCUGCUGCCAGGUCCAGAGUCUCUCAUGGGUCCCUGUACGGCCUCCCAUUGCUGCUGUCUCCAUCGCCACACUCUGCCAUGUGCCACUUUCAGGUCUCCUCACACUGCUGGUGUGUUCCAUUUUGUCAUAGGGUGCUGGCAGAUUACGGGCCUCCCAUUGCUGCUGCCAGGCCCGUAAUCUGCCAUGGGCCCCCGUACCGCCUCCUCAUGCUGCUGCCAGGUCCAGAGUCUCUCAUGGGUCCCUGUACGGCCUCCCAUUGCUGCUGUCUCCAUCGCCACACUCUGCCAUGUGCCACUUUCAGGUCUCCUCACACUGCUGGUGGGUUCCAUUUUGUC